AUGGUCAAGUGCCCAAAGUUUCCUUACCACAAACUGAAGCAUGAAGGUUUCUGUGAUGAAUAUGAAGAAAGGCAGGGAUUCAAUACUGUCAAAUCAAGAAGUUGGCACGGGUUCAGGAGGGUGCGUAUAAGAAACAGGUUUAGGCUCAAAGAUCCAAGCCUGGGGAGAUUAUUGAGGAGGAGAGUUAAGCUGGUCUCUGCCGUUAGGCUUUCAUGUGCCAAGGUGAUGAAGAGAUUGAAGGAAGGUCAGGCUCAUUUUGGUGAUCUUUUUGCUGGGAACUAUCUGUUCAUUCAGGUCAAUCCCACUCCAUUGAAGUCCUUCGAGACAUCUUAUCAUAAAAACAAUGCCCUUGACCUUAACAGCUUUCCUCCGGGCCACAGCUCUCUUCCAAGAAUUGCUCAUUGA